AUGUCGCUUGAGCACCUAUGCCUAGAUGAAAACCUUCCCUCUACCGUUCGAGUGCCAAAGCCCAGACAAUACGUCUUCGACUCGUUUAACUGCCCGGUUCCUUCAAUCCUUCCGCAUCUUUAUGUCACAUCCCAGGAUCAGCUCCGCCGUAGCACAAUAUUGUCCGCUUUGGGCCUCCUCUCUCUGCCCUCACGGUUUUGUUUAUGGGAGCUCACAAGCAACUUCCCAGUGGGUCACCCAUCCUGGGAUUGCUCUAGCCCCAACUUGCUUAACUUCGGAGUUCCCAUGACUCCGAAGCCAAUGAGCUCCCAAAAGACCUCUUACUAG